AUUGCCAGAGCUACGAAGCCGAAAGCGCCAGCUCCAGCGCCACCUUCACUUGCCUCGUCGGGGAGCCACGAAGCCUCGUCAUUACUGGCCGGUAAGCUCGAGUCCCUUCCUUUCGACAGCGCCUCUGGCACGGAGAUUGCCGGCUUGCCCGUUCACAGCUCGGGCUCCUUUUCAUUCCUCGGCCCUCGCCGCUUCUUGCUGGGCCACAAAUCACCGUCCAAACGCCUCGCCGCGCACCGGAAGUCGCCGCCGAAAGUGGCCGCCCCGCCGUUUGCAUCUGCUCGACGUGGACCGUCGGAGUCCCGCCGAAUCGCGGAAACCGAGGACGACAACCAUGACGCGGUUGAGGUGCAGGAGGAGGAGGAGGAAGAAGAGGAGGAAGAGGAAGAAGAUGAGGAGGACGACGAUGCAGAUGCUGUCGCCAUCGCCCUUCCGACGCCGGCGUUUUCGGGCUCCUCUUCCUCGUCGUCCAGCGCUGUCUACAUUGACUGCCCGACGACUCUGCACCGCAGCAUGUGCACCUACGGCCGAGCCGCGUACGGUCAGUACAUCGCCAAGACACGAGCCAUGCCAGACUUGUCGCCAAGUGAUCUGCAGGACAUCUUCCGCCCACUUCGGGAGUUGACUUUGGAUCUGACUCUGGCCGAUCUGAGACUUCCCGAUGCGUCCGGCGCGGCCGUCCGUCGGGAAGGAGCCGAAGAGACCAGCCAUUCGAGCUCAAGUAGACUCGCUGGCGGUCCGUCCAGCCGCUCGUUCGACCUCGUCCAAUCCGCGUGUGGACGCCGCGUCCACCCGAUCAGCCGAUCAACUGGUACCACCUCAAUCUCGCCUUCUCCACCCUCUUCGCCGAGCUCGACGUCGACGUCGACGUCGGGCGCCAGCUCCCCUCGCCAUUUCGUCAGUCGGAUUGCGAUCAACCACUGCGAAACCAUCCCGUUGGCCGGCAGCACUGGAUGGGCUGGAUCUACUUGCCGGAGAGACGCUUCCGAGGGGACUCAGACGACGCAGCUCGUCAGAGGCGACGUCGAUUCUCGCGGGUCGAGCAAAGUAAUGAAGUAG